AUGAGCUCCACAGAUAACGACAGCGAUUCGGAUUUGACAGAGGAUUUAGCCGCACUCAAGACCAUUAAAGAGAAUCCUGUUGCCAGAAAGGUGGUAAGAUAUAUUUUAUCGAGGGGAGAAUCUCAAAACUCUAUAAUAACGAGAACCAAGUUACAGUCUGUUAUACACGAUGCUGCUCAGGAGGAAAAUGUGACUAAACUUUCGUUUAGCAAAAUGUUUAUGGAUAUAAAUACAAUACUAGAUAACAUAUAUGGCUUCCAGCUAACAGGGCUACCAUCAAAGAAUAGCAUCAGCACUGGUGGUAACAACAAUAACACUACUGCUACUAAUAAUAACACUACUAGCGCAAAUAAACUAAUGGAUGAGCCGUUGGGACAUAGGUCUCAGAGAUUUAUUUUGCUAAACAACGCUCCAUAUUUAAAAAGUUUUGAUGAUUUUAAACUUUUACAGAGCAUUCGCACUUACGAGGAGCUGGUAGUCAACGGAGAGUAUGUUGGUGAUGAUAUGGGGUUGGAAAGCUCCAAUACUUUAGAGAGCAAGCUGAGCACUGAUCAGGAUCUUGCUUACAAGGGGAUCCUAACCGUUAUUCUAUGCAUUAUUUUUUUCUCCAAAAAUAAUAUCUUGCACCAGGAGUUGAUCAAAAUUUUAGAGACAUUUGGUAUUCCCAGUGAUGGCUCAAAGAUUCCUAUACUGAACAGUACUAUCGAUGAUCUGAUAAAGGCCCUGGAAAGGCGCGAAUAUAUAAUUAAGCUGGAAGAGAAAUCGGACACUGAUGGAGAGGUAAUAUCGUACAGAAUAGGCAGGAGAACUCAAGCUGAAUUCGGGUUGGGAUCUCUUGAAAUACUAGUUCAAGAAAUCAUGGGCCUUGAAGAGGAACAGGCUAGAAGCUUACGUGAUGAUAUAGUGAAGAGUAUCGGUGAUUCCUAUUCUAUAUAG